AUGGUCGUUGAUAGUGACAGCCACAACGCAGUUACUAAGGUGGAUCGACAGUGCCUCGUCCCAGUCAACGUGUGCGGGGUCGACCUUCGAGGUUCUUCUUGCAAGUCUUGUGGUGACGACGAGCUCUUUUUCUUCUUCUUCGUUUCUUCACCUGCACGUCUCUCCCUCUCUUCAGUCUCUGCAGAAGCAUCAGCAGCAACGGCUCUGCCCAGUACCCUAGUCGAUGACCUAGACAAGCAACCGGCCCCGGAAAUAGAGGGAUAUCAGGACAGUCGCGAUGAUCUCGAAUCUGGGGAUGAGCCGGAUAUCGCCAGCAUCGAGCGCAUUUACCGGAAAUUGGAUUUCCGCAUCAUCCCCGCAUUCUGGGUGCUCUAUUUCCUUUGUUCGGCCAUUCGGUCCAAUGUCGGUUUGGCCCAGACCAUGAAUGCCAACGUCGGACAUGAUCUCGGUUCCGUGCUGCACCUGACGCCACACCAGAUCUCGACCGGUCUGGCCUUGUUCUACGUGUGCUACGUGGUAUUUGAUCUGCCGUCAAACUUGAUCAUGACCCGGUUGAGCCCCCACGUCUGGAUGAGUCGCAUUGUGGUCAGUGUCGGUAUUAUUGGUAGCUGCAUGGCGGCAAUGAAAGCCGCAUGGAGUCUUUAUCUUCUUCGUCUUCUCCUGGGUAUUGUCAUUGCAGGCAUGUGGCCCGGAAUGGCCUACUACCUCACCCUAUUUUACCCACCCUCUCGAACCGGGAAACGGAUCGGUCAAUACUUCACCGCCGCCCAGGUCUCUGCCGCCGUCGUGGGCCUGGUCUCGGCCGGGUUUCAGAAGAUGGACGGCGAGCGUGGGCUCGUAGGCUUCCAAUGGAUGUUCCUCGUCUACGGCGUCAUCACCAUAACCGUCGGCAUCAUUCUCCUCUGGUGGCUGCCCGACCGACCCACGCCUCCGGGUGAGGAGCCCCCGAAGCGGAAAUACCUCUGGUGGAUUCCACGCAGUCCCCCAGCGCUGACGGGCCGCGAUGCCGAGAUUCAUUACCAUGACCUGAGGCGUGUAUAUCACCGCCCUCAGUGGAGUGUCCGCGAUCUCAUGCGCGUGCUCUUAGACUGGCGGAUCUGGCCCUUGUUGAUCAUGUACUUUGGCGUAGUGGGUGUGGGCAUCGGCGUGCAGAGCUACAGCACCGUGAUCAUCAAAGCCAUCAACCCGAGUCUUAGUGGGAUCGAUCUCAGUCUUCUCUCUGCCCCGAUCUGGAUCAUGGACCUGAUCGCCAUCCUCCUCGUCACUCCCUUAUCCGAUCGAUUCCACCGCCACCGCGCCAUCUUCUUCUCCAUCCCCGUCUGUUUCCAGAUCCUAGGACUCCUCCUAACCACGUACGCGGGAACUGACUCGAACCCCUGGCCCCGAUACGGUGGACUCCUCAUCGUCGGCUUCGGACUUGGCCCCACCGUCCCCAUCACCAUGACCUGGACGACGGAGAUCUUCCAACCUCGCCACGGCGAAGUCGGCGUCGCCGCUGCCUCGGCCAUUGUCUCCGGCCUGGGCAACCUGGGCUCCAUCCUCACUACCUACGCCCUGUAUGCCGGCUGGCCGAGCGACUACGAGGCCAAAGGCCGCGCCAAAUACCGCAAAAGUAACCUGGUCAUGGUGGGGAUUCUGUGCGGGAGCAUCCUCGCCUCCGUGACAAUGGAGACGCUGCUCCGGGUCGUGAACGGUCGGAAACCAUCUGACACCAAUAGCAGCGAUGACGGUGACGAUGGGGCCAAGAUCGUUGACGGCGCCGCGAGACGCGAGGCUCGUCAGAGGGGGUUGGAUGGCUAA